GCAUAAACUUUGUUGUAGAAAACAAAACCGAUUUCUUUUUUAUUUGAGCUAAAACUGGCAUAAUUAUAAUUAGAAACACUGGGAAGACAUUAAAAAUAGAUCAAAACAUGAUCUGAGUGGGACUUUAAGCUGUUUUACCUGCUUCCAAGCAGCUCCUGACAGGCACCUGUGACCUUCCCACUUACAUAUGAAACGCGUCAACCACUCAACAGUGUUGUAAUGCCUCCCAUUGUCAUAAUCAGACUCAUCAUCUAUAUUUAUUCUCUGGGCCAAACAGCUGCUCAGUAAACCAAUCUUACAGUGAGGACAGCUGCCAUUCCACACAGAGACAGAGGGUCGAGCUGGACGGUCGCUCAGAGGCUCUCCUGUCUCCAAAGCAGACGGGGCUCAGGGACAUGCAAAAAGACAUCUAAAAAUUCAACAAAUAUCCUGCCAUUACGCCUUCAAGUACAGAUACAACUGAACUAAGUACUCUCUGAAAACCAUCAUGGCGGAAGGCAGUAACCCCCCCUUGUCAUCCUACAUCAUGGAUGAGGAAACACUGAAGAGAAAACAGAAGGAGAAGCUGAAGAAGCUGAUGGCCACAGGAGGAAACCCCCGGCCUGCACGCUCCCUUCUCUUCUUCACUCUGAGGAAUCCCUUCCGCAGGGCGUGCAUCAGCAUCGUGGAGUGGAAACCUUUUGAAAUCAUUAUCUUGCUCUCCAUCUUUGCAAACUGUGUGGCCCUGGCUGUGUACCUGCCCAUGCCCGAAGAGGACAGCAACAACACCAACAGCAACCUGGAAAGCCUAGAGUACAUCUUCCUCAUCAUCUUCUCCAUAGAGUGCUUCCUGAAGAUCAUAGCUUAUGGAUUAAAUGAUAUUACUGAGGCACACAAAAAACAAAAAAUGUUGAGGAUGGGUGGAAGACCAGACAAACACUGA